CGGUCCCCCACCACCAGCGCCCUGAUGGCCAGCAACGUGACCAACAAGACGGACCCUCGCUCGCUCAACUCCCGGGUCUUCAUCGGGAACCUCAACACGCUACUGGUCACCAAGACUGAUGUGGAGGCCAUCUUCAGCAAGUAUGGCAAGAUCGUGGGCUGUUCUGUGCACAAGGGCUUUGCCUUCGUCCAGUUCGUCAACGAGAGAUGCGCCCGGGCUGCCGUAGGGGGCGAGGAUGGACGCAUGAUCGUGGGACAGGUGCUGGGUAAGGACUAAAGCCAGCCUCUGGGGCUGGUGAGCAAUACCUCAAAUUGGCCUCAGGGUUCUUUGGGUAAUGAACAAAACUGAUAUUUUAGGGUGCAGUAUCUGGCCUGCUUGGAGAUUGAGAACAGUUUUUAAACGUGGCUCUUUGUGAGGACGGAAUAUGGAUAAAGAUUGUAUUUCCAACUGCCAACCAAGACUGACUGUCUCUGUCCUCUCUUCCUCAGACAUUAACUUGGCCGGAGAACCCAAACCCCACAGGUCAAAGACCACAAAGCGCUCUGCGGGAGACAUGUACAGGUCUGAUUCAAUGUAAAGAACCACGUUUUUAAAUACCUAAUAUUAAAAUGUGAACCAGGUGUCUUUCCUCUUCUGCAUCUCCCAAUCAUACUCUCUUGCUCUGAUAAUUCCUCUUCUCCACUGUAUACAUGUAUAUUUUUUUGACAACUCUUUUUCUUCUCCCCACAGCAGUCCCACGUUUGAUCUGGACUACGACUUCCAGAGAGAUUACUAUGACCGGUGAGUCCAGUGCUUUGUCUGUUCCCACAUCCCAUGUUCUUUUAGCUCUAGUUAGCAAAACUUAAUAUGCAAGAGGAAUUGGUGUAAAGGAAAUGAAGUUGGUUCAUUCAUGACUCUAUUCUCUAUUCUCAGAGUGUACUCCUACCCAUCCCGCGUGCCCCCCCCUCCUCCUCCACCCCUGUCCCGAGCAGUGAUCCCGUCCAAGCGCCUGCGGGUCAGCAUGACUGGAGGGGGCAGCCGCCGCACCAAGGCCAGUUUCUCCUCCAAGACCAGCCAGAGGGCAUCGUCAAGAACAAGUCAGUGCCCAGCCCUCUUGCUCUAGCCACUCAACUAACACACUACUCGUAAUACACUUACUUGCAUGCUAGCGUAGUUAUAGCACCCUGGUGCAGUACAUGCUGUCAAUGCUCACGGUGCUGGGCUUGAGAUUAAUUAUGUAGCUAAUAACACUUGUCACACAGAGUUUCAUUAGGCAGUGGGGUCUAAAGAGCUAUCUCUGAAACCUUUAUCUCCUCCUGAUUUCUCUCUCUCUCUCUCUCUCUCCUCUCUCUCUCUCUCUCUCUCUCUCUGUCUCUCUGUCUCUCUCUCUCUCUCUGUCUCUCUCUCUCUCUCUCUCUCUCUCUCUCUCUCUCUCUCUCUCAGUGAAAACAGAUGACCUGCAGACCAUCAAGAAGGAGCUGACAUUGAUUAAACACAAAGUAGACUACCUGCUGGAGAGCCUAGGCCGCAUGGAGAAGGACCACGGCAAGAAGUCUGGUAGGGUGCAGGAGGGUCUCCUGAACCAUGUGUUGUUCAAAGUUUAUAACAUAAAAACAUAUUCAUGAGCUGGUUUGUACUGUGAAUGUCUACCCGCAAUCUCCGUAUUCAGCAGACUUGUAUGCACAGAUGAUGGAUUUAAUCGUUUUAUCUGUCUGGUUUGACCCGUUUCUCUCGCACUCGCUCUCUCUCUGGGCAGAGGGGAAAGGUGCCAAGCCUGAACCUGGAGCGGUGUCCUCACUGCAGCACUCCAGCAACAAGAAGGAGGAGAGCAUCAAGAGGGAGAGGGAGAGGGAGAACCAGGAGCUCAACGACUCUGAGGAGGAGGGGGACCUGCUAGAAGAGGAGGUGAGAUGGAGGGGGAAGAGGAGAAAAUGUAAUGAUGCUGCAAAAGAUGAAUGGCAAUUUAUUUAUUCUUAUUUGAUUAUUUGUACUCACCACCUAAUCUGGUCUCAGGUAAAGAGUCAAGAAAGGGAGGAUGAUGACGAUGAAGAGGAGGAAGGAGAGCAUGUGGAUGGAGACGAUGAUGGUGACAGUGUCAACGGAGAUGAGGACUCUUAGACAACAGAGAUGGAUGCACACUUGUACAGACAAACACAUCCACACAACUUCCAGUGGGACCUCCGACUCCUAUUUUAAUACCCACACUAUGAAACGUGAGAAAAACGUCAUCACACACUCACUCACCUGCCCCCACAACCACCCUUCCAUUGUCCCACAGGUAUAAACAUUUUCUUGACGCAAUUUUGUUUGUCCCCGUUUCAGCCCCCUCCUAUCAUUGUGUUAUACAUCUAGCAUUGUCCUGCAGCCAGGUACAUUGGAACUAGCUGUAGGUAGUGAGCAGUAUUACGUGAUUUGCUGUGCUGCUGUUCCUCAUUUGACCAGCAGAGAGCAGAAAUGGCCAUUUAUUGGCAUUACUAGGAUUGGUAAUCAAAAGAUCACACAACUUUAAAGAUUUAGUUAAGGUUUGAAGAAAAUUGAAGAAAUUGGCCCACCUGAGCAUGUAUGUUCCUUAUUUUCAUGUCAUUAUUUUUUAUACUACUCUGUCUAAGUUGUACUGUAAUAAUAAAUUGCAAAUAAAUACUCAAAUUGAUGAAUGCUUCUUUAUUGAAUUGAA